CAUAGUGAAAAAGAAAUAUAACUCAUUAAAAACCAUGGAUCAACCGCUGCAGUCUAAACUCUCAUCUUUGUGUUUAAUAUCACAGCAUAAAUUAGAAAAAAUCCUUUCAUUAUGCGGUGAUAAAGCAGAUUUAAUUAUAGACUCUUCUCUUAUAAAACCUCUGGAAAGGAUAUGUGGUGUAACUUGGCUAAGACAGCAUGGUAUUGAAAAGAUCUACAAAAUGGAUCCCCAACUUGGACAGACAGCAAAUACGACUAAAAUAUAUUUCAUAUCAGCUUGUAAACAUAAAUAUAAGUGUGUGCUAGAUCAGAUUUCAUCACAACUCAGUCAAAAUCCAUCCUUAGCUGACUCUAAAUGUUUUAACAUAAUUAUUGUACCAAAAGUCUUGCAUACAUAUGAUUCAAUAUUAGAAAGCAAGGGUUUAUAUGGUGUUGUAAAGCUCCACUCAUUUUCUUGGGAGUUAAUGUUAUUGGAUGAUAGACUUCUUAGCUUGGAAUUGCCAUUUUUAUUCAAGCAAUUAUAUGUUGAGCAAAACCAUUCUCUAUUAUCAAGUAUAUCUAUGUCUUUGUGGAGUUUAUUCCAAGUUACUGGUCGGCCUAAAUGCAUAAUAUCACUAGGAAAAUUGUCUUCUAGUGUUCUUAAUGUACUAGAAAUUUAUAAUGAGACAUAUUCAAGAGAUUUUGUAAGCAAACACACAGAUAAGAUUGAUACAUUAUUGUUAAUUGAUAGAAAUCAAGAUUAUGCAUCAUGUUUACUAACUCCCGCAACAUAUUCCGGUCUUUUAAAUGAAAUAUUCAACAUAACAUGCGGACAUUUAGAUUUAAAUGUCAAAGAAACUAAAUAUAAAAAGGGUAGAAUUAAUUUUACAACAGUAUCAGAAGAGAAUAAUAAAAAAGUAACUAUGACAUUAGAUAGUUCGAUAGAUAAUUUGUACGGAGAAAUCAAAGAUAGACAUUUCUCUGAAGUUCUAAGUGUAUUGAGUUCGAAAGCUAAACUAUUAAAAAAUGAGGACAUAAAAGCAUUAGGUAUACAAGAAAUAAAACAUUUUGUUUCGACUAAAUUACAACAAGUGGCGUUAUUUAAACAAAAUCUAGUCAAUCAUGUUCUAGCUAGUGAAACUAUAAUAUCUGAAAUGAACAAUAAAUUUGAAAACGUAACAUAUACAGAGAGUGAAAUGUUGAAUAAUAGAAAUAAGAAAUCUAACUUUAAUUUCGUUGAUGAAAACUUUGGUACGGACAUACAAAUAUAUAAUAGUCUUAGAUUAAUGUGUUUACUCAGUUUAACACAAGGAUUAACGUAUGAUGAAUAUAAUAAUCUAAUUAAUAAAUAUUUAUUAGCAUUUGGAUAUAAAUUCUUGUAUGUAUUUCAAAAUUUAAUCAAUGCAGGAUUACUUUUUCAACCGGUAAGUCUGAAAUUAACUUUAAAUAUAUCUAACUUAAGUGGUCUAAGUGAUAGAUUGCCGAAAUGGCAGAACAGUUUUCAAAAUCAAGCUGCAAAAUUAAAACAACUACCUUCGCAGGUUGAUAAAUCAAAAACAUCACCAAGUUAUGUAUUCAAUGGUAGUUAUGUACCUUUGAUAGCUAGUAUUUCUAAUAUUUUAUUAACAUCUGAAUCAUUAACUGAAGCAUUAACAAAACUGUCUAAUUCAUUAGAAUUAAAACUAUCUGGAUCUUUAUUAGAGAAUAUGAAAUUAGGUAUAGAAACUUUAAAUGAGAAAUUAUCAAAUUUAAAACUGAACAGUGAAUUGGAUUACAGAUGUCUAGAUGUAAAAUCUUUGUUGAAAAAAUUUAAGACUGACAGUAAGUUGUCAAGUGCAUUUAAUUUUAAGACAAAGUCUGUACUAGUUUAUGUUAUAGGAGGUGUUACGUAUGCUGAAAUCGCAGCUUGUGAUGUUGUACAAAAUGCUACGGGAAGUAAGAUAUAUGUGGCCAGUGAUUGUGUUGCCAGCGGUAGUGAUUAUAUGUCUGCUUGUUUUUAAACAUAUUUAUUGCUUUUCAUACUAACUUAGG